AUGAAUUCUAUAAGGUCCCUACGACAAUAUUCUGCAGUGAUAUCUGCCCUGCGAACAAAUCAUGGUGCCAUGAGGCCUCGAGUAAGCCACGCGAGGAGAAGCUAUGCUACUGCAACUAAAGCAGAUCUGUACGACGUUGUAGUUGUUGGUGGUGGGCCGGCAGGACUGUCGUUGGCGAGCUCUCUGCGUUCAUCAAGUGUAACAAACGGCCUUCGGGUUGCACUUGUUGAGGGUUUCGAUUUGGCUCCCGGGAGAAAUUGGAAGCCUGAGCCUCAAACAUUUUCGAACAGAGUCAGCUCACUGACACCAGGGUCGGUUGGGUUUUUGACGGAUAUUGGAGCAUGGAAGCAUGUGGACCGUGACCGUGUCCAGGCCUAUCAUGGCAUGCAGGUUUGGGAUGGCAUUUCGGGCUCUCGUAUUCAAUUUAAUUGGAAUCCAUCCGCCAGUGAAACAAUCGCAUACAUGACUGAGAAUACCAAUCUCGUUCACGGUUUACUCUCGCGCUUGUCCGAGCUGGGUGGGGUAGAAGUGAUAGACAAGACCCGCGUUGAAAAUAUAUCUUUCGGAGAAGAUAACGGAGAGCUUGAUCUUCGGACAUGGCCAACAGUAGAGAUUACAGGCGGGAGGAAGCUAACGGCGAGAUUGUUGGUCGGUGCGGAUGGUGCCAAUUCGCCCGUCAGAACGUUCGCUGGGAUUGAGAGUCGCGGAUGGGACUAUGAUCGCCAUGGUGUGGUUGCCACUGUGAAGUUGGCUGAGGGGAGCUCCUUGGGAAUGGAAAAAACGGCAUAUCAGAGAUUCUUGCCGUCGGGACCAGUGGCACUGCUACCUCUUCCUGGUGAUUUUGCAACCCUCGUGUGGUCCACAACCCCCCAGAACGCGGCAAAGCUCAAGACCUUGGCACCUGCAGAUAUGGCUGCUAUGGUUAAUGCUGCGUUUAGGCUGAGCCAUGUAGAUAUCGACUUCAUCAAAGAUCUUGAUUCUGGAAUCGCGGGAGAAGUGCAGUGGAGAGAAUCAGUGACUCAAUUCGAUUAUACCCGUGUGCCUGGAAGGGUCGUGGGCAUACAAGACAAAUCAGUUGCCUCGUUUCCGCUAAAAUUGAGGCAUGCCGAUACGUAUAUUGGGGAGCGGGUUGCAUUGAUUGGGGAUGCUGCGCACACAGUUCAUCCACUUGCUGGCCAAGGACUGAACCAAGGAAUCGGCGAUGUUCAAUCUUUAAUCAAGACUGUUGAAACAGCUGUGCAGAACGGGCAGGAUAUAGGUUCCGUUCUUUCUCUUGAGCCAUACUACUCCGAACAAUACUUCAAGAAUCACCUUAUGUUGGGUGUCGUUGACAAGCUCCAUAAGCUGUAUGGAACAACAUCUGCUCCAAUCGUGGCGUUGAGGUCUUUUGGGCUGAGUGCGGUUGAUGCAAUGACUGGGUUGAAGUCGUUAAUCAUGAAGCAGGCUUCUGGAGGCAGAUAA